AGGAGUUUUAUUUUUAUUGACCUGUAUUGUUUUUAUCUCGGGGACAUUAUUUACAACAUGAUUGUUCAAGUCUUUUCAAAAUACCUGUAAUGACUACGGGCUGCACACCCAUAAAUAAAUUAGUUAAACCAACUCAGGGACAUCUCACACUAAUUGCUCACUUUGUAUGCAAAUAUUGGACAUGUUAUUUCGACGGGGGGGAGUGACGGGGCUGGGCUCUGUUGUCACUUGCCACCCAAGAUGUGAUUCAGCUGCAACAAUCACCAUUAUCUGGUCACCACUUUUAACGAUACGGGACGAAUCUGUAAUGAUGACGAGUGUUUCCUUCCGCCAUUGUUGAGGCAACGGUGUUAUUCUUCUGUGCGGGUUCACACCUACCAUCAUUGGAUAACGGCACUCGAAUCAUUCAGGUACUUAGCAUCCUGGAGGAGGAUAUAUAAGCGGGCGAAGUACUGUUUAUACAAACACUGCACUACCUCGUGUCCACACACAGACAGGGUAUUCUAGGUCGUCUGUGACUCUGACAGCGCACGCUUAGCCAUUUUUUGAUACGUCGCUUUUACUCCUAUAUCAACGGUCUCUCUCCUUUGGAUAGUUUUCACGCACAAGGAUUCCGUUUUUUUCCGGAAGCAAUGGCUGGUGCUGCAAAGUUCAGUUUUUCCGUGAGGAGCAUCCUGGAUUUGCCUGAAAAUGACGCAGAGACAGUGCAGCCCUCCCCCGGUAACUCCUGCUCCAGCUCCCCUUACUCCUCCUGGAUGGACAGCGACCGGACCCCUUGUCUCUCUUCAGAUGAGAGCAGCCUGGAGACUGCCCCAGACUCAACCAAGUCAGAUGAGUCUUCUCUGGACUCAGAGGCCGAGAAGAAGAAGUGCCGCGUGCUCUUCUCCAAGGCCCAGACCUUCGAGCUCGAGAGGCGCUUCUGUCAGCAGCGCUAUCUGUCAGCUCCAGAGCGCGAGCAGAUUGCCCAUAUUCUCCGCCUGACGCCGACGCAGAUUAAGAUCUGGUUCCAGAACCACCGGUACAAAAUGAAGAGGUCACGAGCGGAGGGAAAGUCACAAGACAUAAACCAACCGUCUAUGUUGCGCAGAGUAGUGGUACCCAUCCUAGUUCGGGAUGGCAAGCCGUAUCAGACCUGUUUCAUUGACACGGAGAAAGGAGGCUGUCUUGGACCGACCACAUUCCCGGGUACACCCUUCAAUUUUGGGUACAAGUCUUUCCAGCAUCCGUCGCCGUUCGCUCUACCUCAACAAUACCAGCACUUUGCCAGCCCGGCAGCAUCCAGACACACCUUUGCUUGGAGAGACUUUCUGAACGACUCAGCUCAAUUCAGUGCUUUUACGUGA